AUGGCGCCAGAUAGAGGCAGUGAGACCACUGCAGAGGCUGCGACUGUCGAGGCUGCCUUGGGGAGCCUCUCAUUGCAGGAGUCGCAGAGCGCUCUGGCGCAAGUUGUGGAUUCAUCAGACCCCGUAGCGUCAACUCCUCCGCAUCUCUCCCAUGAUCCUGCUACGAACGCGAAGCGUACAGACCCUUUCCAGUUCGGCCAGAGGCAUCUAUCAGAGUCGGACGACGUCUUCGAGUACAAUGCUUGGGAUCACGUCCUACCUGAUUCCGCACAUUAUGAUUUUUGUGAAUCUCAAUAUGCAGCGCAGCGGGCUGCCCCAGUGUCCGACUUCGACCGAGAUCGGUUUAACGAGCAUCCUGAGAAGUGGUGGGAUCUUUUCUACAAGCAAAAGACAAGCACGUUCUUCAAGGACAGGAAAUGGCUCGUUCAAGAAUUUCCUGUGUUGCAGGAGAUAACGAAGAAAGAUGCCGGGAGUAAAGUCGUCCUUGAGGUGGGUGCCGGUGCCGGAAAUACGGCCUUCCCGAUACUCAGGAUGAACGAGAAUCCAGAACUGAGAAUCUUCGCGGUUGAUUUCAGCAAAAAAGCGGUAGAGACAAUGAGAAGUGCUGAAGACUACACAAACGGCAACGGGGUCAUGUCUGCUGAAGUCUGGGACGCUGCCGGUGACAGUCUGCCUCCUGGAGUGGAAGAAGGUAGUGUCGACAUUGUCAUCAUGAUCUUCAUCUUUUCGGCCCUCAACCCCAAACAGUGGCAGCAGGCUGUGACCAACAUCAACCGGAUCCUGAAACCCAAGGGCGAAGUUCUGUUCAGAGACUAUGGCAGAGGUGAUCUCGCUCAGGUCAGAUUUAAGGCUGGAAGAUGGAUGGAGGAUAAUUUCUACGUCCGGGGAGAUGGCACAAGGGUAUAUUUCUUCGAGAAGGAACAGCUCGAGGAGAUUUGGGGAGGCAGCUUCGACUUCUUGAACCUGGAUGUUGACCGGCGGUUGAUUGUCAACCGACAGAGACGGAUCAAAAUGUACCGCUGUUGGAUACAGGGUCGGUUUCAAAAGAAAGCUCCUGGAACUCUUCCGGAAUGA